GAUAGCCAUCCGAUAUUUCGUAUUUUGAACGAAAGCCGGUGACAAAUCUGCCUAAAAAUUCUAAACGACAACAUGCCAAUAAUAAGGCUGUUAAUAGUAUUUUUAGUGUAUAAAAGUGUGCUUUCAAGUGUAAAUGGAAAUAAUAGCAACUCUGAAAAUGAUUCCAAAGUUCUUCAAAUGCUGAUUGAUUGUGGAGGGAAUGUUGCAUCUCUAAGAAAUGAGCUUCAAGACAUGAAAGAUAAGUUAGAAAGACUGCGUUCAGAGACAGCAACGGACACCUACAUUAGAUGGGGAAGAUCUUCUUGUCCUAGCGGAGCAGCAAACGUUUAUGACGGGUUUGUUGCGGGGUCAUAUUAUAGCCAUAGUGGAGCAGCUGCUAAUUAUAUUUGUCAAAAAAGCCAAAUUCAAUUCUCACUCUUAAAAUCCUCGUUACGUCAGUUAUAUAUACGGAGUACGAAACUGCCGGAAGUAUUUGGAACAAUAUCUAUGACCAUGAGGUUCUAUGUGCCGUUUGUCACAUUCCGCGUAGCAGUGUCAUCAUGGUUUCUGGAAGAGACGACUGUCCUGAAAAUUUUAAAGUAG